AAGCUGUCACAUGACUUCUUCAUUUAGGAUACAGAGCGAAGAAAAUGGCUGCUUUCUUGCAGUGGAGAAGAUUUGUAUUUUUUGAUAAAGAGACAGUGAAAGACGCAGGCGAUAAUGGAAAAAACUUUGUCCUCCCGGUCAGCAUAUCGGCAUGUGAUUCAGGCCGAGGCCACAUUGUUCUUGGAGAUAUGGAGGGUCAGAUCUGGUUUUUGACACGAUCCCUGCAGUUGUCCUCGUUUCAGGCUUACAAGCUGCGAGUAACCCACCUAUAUCAGCUCAAGCAGCAUAGCAUUUUAGUCUCAGUUGGGCAGGAUGAGCCAGGAAUUAACCCCCUGGUAAAGGUGUGGAAUCCGGACAAGCGAGACAGUGGGAAUCCUCUGUGUACUAGAAUUUUCCCAGCUAUUCCUGGGAACAAACCAACAGAGGUGUCCUGCCUUAGUGUACACGAGAACCUCAACUUUAUGGCCAUUGGCUUCACCGAUGGCAGUGUGGUUUUGACAAAGGGUGACAUCACCCGGGAUAGACACAGUAAAACCCUGACACUGCAUGAGGGCACCUGUCCAAUCACAGGCCUCGCUUUCCGUCAGCAAGGCAAGGUCACUCACCUAUUUAUUGCCACUCUGGAAAAAGUCCAUUGCUACACUUUGUCAGUGAAGGAAUACCCUAAACUGGAGCUGGACACCCAUGGCUGUGCACUUCGCUGCUCCGCGCUCACAGACCCCUCCCAGGACUCCCAGUUCAUCGUUGCAGGGGACGACUGUGUGUACCUUUACCAGCCUGAUGAACGGGGACCAUGUUUUGCGUUUGAUGGGCACAAGCUGUUGGCGCACUGGCACCGGGGCUACCUCCUGCUGGUUACCACGGACACCAAGUCUCCCAACAAUUCUUUAAUCAGGCCUGAUUUUGGGAGCAGAGAGACGAGUCCAUCAGAGAAGCAAAUAUUGACCAUCUAUGACCUGGACAACAAGUUCAUUGCCUACAGUGCAUCCUUUGAUUAUAUCAUUGAUGUUCUGGCCGAAUGGGGCUCCUUCUACAUCCUGACCCGGGAUGGAAAGAUGUUUGUGCUGCAAGAGAAAGACACACAAACCAAGCUGGAGAUGCUCUUCAAAAAGAAUCUGUUUGUGAUGGCCAUUAACCUGGCUAAAAGCCAGCACUUGGACAGUGAUGGUCUGUCAGAGAUCUUCAGGCAGUAUGGUGACCACCUCUACAUAAAGGGGGACCAUGACGGAGCCAUCCAACAGUACAUUCGCACGAUUGGGAAGCUUGAGCCCUCUUAUGUAAUCCGUAAAUUUCUGGAUGCUCAGCGGAUCCACAACCUGACAGCCUAUCUGCAGGCCCUGCAUCGGCAGUCAUUGGCCAAUGCUGACCACACCACCCUCCUGCUCAACUGCUACACCAAGCUCAAGGACAGCUCUAAACUUGAAGAGUUCAUUAAGAGCAGCGAGAGCGAGGUCCACUUCGACGUGGAGAUUGCCAUCAAGGUGCUGCGCCAGGCAGGCUACCACAGCCAUGCCGUCUUCCUGGCCGAGAGGCACCAGCACCACGAGUGGUAUCUGAAGAUUCAGCUGGAGGAUCUGAAGAACUACCAAGAGGCUUUGCGCUACAUUGGGAGACUUCCCUUUGAGCAGGCAGAGAGCAACAUGAAGCGAUACGGCAAGACCCUGAUGCACCAUGUCCCCGAUGGCACCACACUGCUCCUCAAGGGCCUGUGUACCGACUACCAGCCACACCGGGACACCGCGGACAAAGACAGCCUGGACAGAGGCCAGGUGGCAGCCAACAAGGCCAAUUCAGAGGAGUUCAUCCCUGUAUUUGCCAACAAUCCGCGGGAGCUAAGGGCCUUCCUGGAGCACAUGAUCGAGGUGGAGCCCUUCUCUUCUCACGGUGUGUAUGACACUCUUCUAGAACUACGGCUGCAGGACUGGGCACAUGAACAAGACCCUGAGAGGAAGAAAGUCCUGCAGGGCGCAGCACUGUCCUUGCUGAGGAGUGACAACACUGUGUUUGACAAGGCCCUUGUCCUGUGCCAAAUGCACAACUUCAAAGAAGGGGUUUUGUACCUCUAUGAGAAGGGCAAGCUGUACCAGCAAAUUAUGCACUACCAUAUGCAGAAUGAGGAGUACAGCAAAGUGGUUGAGGCCUGCAAGCGCUAUGGUGACCAGGAAGUGUGCCUGUGGGAGCAGGCGCUAGGAUACUUUGCCCGCAAAGAGGAGGACUGCAAGGCUUACAUCAGCCAAGUCCUGCAUCACAUCGACCAGAACAAUCUGAUGCCUCCGCUGUUGGUGGUGCAGACUCUGGCACACAACUCGACCGCCACACUGUCAGUCAUCAAGGACUACCUGAUCAACAAGCUGCAAAGGGAGAACCAGCAGAUCGAGGAUGACGAGCGCAAGAUUCGGCAGUACCGCGAGGAGACUGCCCACCUCCGGGCUGAGAUCCAGGAGCUCAGAAGCAGCGCAAAGAUUUUCCAGAAGACCAAGUGCAGCAUGUGCAACAGCCCACUCGAACUGCCCUCGGUUCAUUUCUUGUGCAGUCACUCCUUCCACCAGCAUUGCUUUGACAGCUAUGCCGAAAGCGAGGCUGAGUGCCCUACCUGCACACCAGGAAACCGCAAGGUCAUGGACAUGCUGCGUGCCCAGGACCAGAAACGAGACUUGCACGACCACUUUACUAGACAGCUGCGCUGCUCAAAUGACGGUUUCUCUGUGGUGGCAGACUACUUUGGCCGUGGGGUAUUUAACAAGCUAACCCUGGUCACUGAUCCGCCGGGCAACAAGACAGGGGUGGGAAGCCUGGAGACAGACCUACAGAGGGACCUUCUCAUCCACACCAAGAGGAACACUUGAGAUACGGGACCAACCACUAGUGGCAUGGAUGCCUAAACUAAACCCAUUGCAUACUCUCAUACAGUACUGACCCAAACUAUACUCGGUUGGCUUGGGUAGUUUGGUUUCAGAAUGUCCUUUUCAGUGCACUUAAUUGGGUUGGUUGACUUGGAUUGUUUCAUUUCAAUAGUGUGAGUAACAAUGCUUUGAUCUGUUUAGUCCAGCUAUACCUGAGUCAGACCCCUGACACAACACAAGUAAGAGAUGUAUUGGUGAAUUAUGUUUUCAUGCCAUGCGUUUCUUAAGUGUGCAGUCAUAUUGUAAUGCAUGUCACUCAGCACGAACGUAUGUGCACAUGUACUGUGUUCGUUAGGGCCAGUAAAGUAAAACGGUGUUUCACAGCUUUCAAACAACAUAAAUAUGACCUUUUUUUCAAGUCCAAGUUGUCCAUAUUUUCUUGUUUUGGAACCAAAUGAACAAACCCCUAGUCAAAGGACUAAUAAUAAAAACUUAAGAAGAAAAACUUAGUUUUGCAAGGAUCAUCUUUGAUGCGCUAUGUUUUUCAGUCAGGUCAAAAAAUAUUGGCACCCUUGAUAAAUUAUCAAAGAAUACUGUAUGAAAUCAUACAUACUGUAUUAUUGUAUUUUGUUUGUGAAAUAUGUACAACUAACAAAUAUUUCUAGGGGAGAAAUUGCUGGCAACAGUUUUCAGUACUUUUUUUAACACUCACCUUGUGAAGAUAACAGCCUUUAUAGGAUAACAGCAUUCGGUUCCUAGACAACUCCUACAUACAUUAUUUAUCCAUAUAUUUUGAUAUGGUUUGUGCCCAUGGAACACCGCCUUCAAUUUAGACUACAGAAUUUCUAUAGAUUGAUAUCCAGAGAUCAAGAUGGCAAUUGGAUAAUGUUGGGAUGCUGCUAAUUGUUUAUGGCUUGGGCCAAUCAUUUUACCCAAUAUUUGUUUUAUAUAUAAAUAUGUUAAAUAAAAGCUAAAUAUUAGUAUGUAGGGUGCAUUUCAUUUUUUGGACCUGACUGUGUAUUCUAUAGUAUAUAGUAUGUACUGUCUUUGAGUACUCCCUUGUAAUUUGUAAACAAAGCAUUUUUACUUCAUCUUUUUUCUUUUUCAUAUUCAUAAUUGCCCCCCCCCCCC